UGUUUGAGUUUGCACAAGUACACAUGGUACAUCACAACGAAUCUCAAUUUUUUUCGCUUUUCUGUGCUAAAAAACGUAAAGAAAAUUUCGAUGGUGUGAUUCACAAGUUCUUACUUUGUUUAGUCUUGAAUUGACCUAUUUCCACAUCAAAAUGAAUUACAACGUCAUCAAAUUUAAAGAGGCCGAAGAAAUUAUGGAAUCAGAAGAAUAUUCCCAAUUUGUCAAAAUAAACGAGUGCAAGCGUAUCAUUUUCCAUCCUCGGUUUCUUGGAAAUACCAGAAAAGGAAUCGAGGAGGCUUUGAAAUCGGAAAGAAAUUUAGUGUCAGAUAAGUUUGGUGGUGCCUUAAUUGCAUACAGUAACAUUAAAAUACAACAAGCUAUGGGACUUAUUGUGGAUCCUUACAUCCACUUUGAUAUUGUUGCUGAUUUUAUUGUUUUCAGGCCAGAAGUAGGGGCUUCACUGAAGGGUGUUGUACACAGAGUAUUCAAGAACCAUGUCAGUCUUUUAGUCUAUGGCAUCUUCAAUGUAUCAAUCAAGAAAUCCGAGUCAAAUGCUGAGCAACUGAGUGAGGGAAAUGAGGUGGACUUCAAAGUGGAAAGAAUAUUUGUCAACAACAGAAUUCUGUCUAUGCAUGGAGUUUUAUGGAGUGAAGAAGUGACACAAAAGACAAAAACGACCAAGAAGAAAUCUCACAGGAAAUCAUUCCCUGAUGAAGAUGAACCAAUGGCUGCAGGAGAGAGCCUGGACAUAACAGAGAAGACAGCAGAUAGGGAGUUAGAUGGAGAGGAUGUAGAAAUAAAUGAGGAGGAUUCACUUCCUGUAACACACAAGAAAUCUGAGAAGAAGAAAAAGAAGAAAUCAAAGAAGGAAAAAGUUUGAAAGAAAAUGUUUACAGAUCAAUCACUGUGUCAAAAGAGACCGAAGAGUUACCAGCCGAGGUCUGAAAACUGUCCCAAGUCUAGUCCAGAAUACACGCAAUAAAGGGUUCACCAGUGUCAAAGAGACAAUUUCUGUGAAUGUUUGACAAAACAUUGUUUUCAUCCCAUGAAGUCUUCUUGUACAAAAUAUAAAAUGUACCCACAUUGUAUUUUAAUUUGUUACACUGUAUGUUAUAAGAAUAGGCAUAUUAUAAUUUUAAAGUUUUUCAA